UGAUAUGUUUACUUCUCGCGUUCACGAGGGGGUGCUGCUCUCAUCGCUUUCCUUGACCCAUGUACAAUUUAACCCAAAUGAUACCAUUGCUUACUUUUUGGCCUACAUUACCUUGGCACCCAUCGCCAUCUUGGUGUUCUACGCCUCGGUGAUUGUCUCAAGACGAGAAGUGACCGGUAUUCUUAUGCUUACGGGCCAGUUGCUCAAUGAGGUGGUGAAUGCCAUUCUAAAGGAAUAUUACCAAAUGACACGUCCCAAUGGUACAAUCAGGAAAUACUCGUGUAUUUGAAUGAAAUUUGGAGUAUUCACUACAUAUGUAGGUCAUUUGGGGACAGGUUACGGUAUGCCGUCGAGCCAUGCCCAGUUUAUCUGGUAUUUUGCCACUUACGGUAUCUUGUAUCUGUACACGCACAUGACCUUGGAACACGGUGCUUGGAAAUCAGUUGCCACGCUGGCUAUUUUUACUCUUGCUCUAUUGGUGUCCUUCUCCCGAAUUUACCUCGGCUAUCACACGGUAUAUCAAGUGCAAGUGGGCGCAGGCAUCGAGAACAAAGAGAAAGACAAGUGCAUGCAGCAUAAUUUCUUUUCAGAACGUUCAGGACGUGUUUUUGGACAUCCAACCGGAAUAACAACGACGAAUUUCCUGAGUCAACACAGGAUAUCGGCUAAAUAGUCAUUAGUCACACAAUACAUCAAUUUUUCCAUAGAUCCUAUCUGUUCUCGCU